UUAGUAAAUACUGACACGUUGGCAGAACAAGUUUCUUGUUACAUGUUCCUGUUGGAUGGAACAUGUUAAAAAAUGUUGUGUAACUGGUUUAGUGUCAGUCACACAGUUAAGCUGUUCACUUCCUUGUUUCGUGUUCAUGGUGUUUAUAUGAUUUGUAGAAAUUAAUUAUUCAUUACGUACACAAAAAAGUCAGUUUCCUUUCAUUUUGUUUGCCUUCAGAUGCAUGUACAAUGAAUCUGUACUAUACUAAAUCACAAGUGAAAUAUUUGUCCUGAGAACAUACUGACACCAUCUGCUGGUGACUAAAUGACACAGCAGCAUUUCCUGCUGAUAAUUCAACCUGUAGCAGAGGCGUGUCCAAAUGAAAGAUUUCUAAAUUGUUGAUCAGAGCUGAGACGCUACUACAGGAUGUGAGACCUCUGCAUGCUGGACAACACGUUUGGAAGAUUUUGAAAAACUUGGUGAGUCUUGCUGUUAAAGGAUAAUUCACAUAUCAGAGCAAAUGGCUGAGAAAACUGCUCUUUUUGAAAGUUACCUGAGCUGCCAUGUGUGUUCAGAGACUUUCAGAGAUCCUGUGUCUCUGAGCUGCAACCACAGCUUCUGUUCAAGCUGCCUGCAGAAAUUCUGGCAACAAGCUAAAAACAAAAACUGUCCCAUUUGUAAAACAAAAUCCUUGACAGAUGAGCCAGCAUUAAAUUUUACACUGAAGGAACUGGCUGACUCCUUUGCUGGGAGACAGAAGAAUGAUUCACCUGAGACAGAAAAAGAAAAGGAGAAAGAGGAGGUGGUGUGUGAUAAACAUCCUGACGUCUCUUAUUGGUUCUGUGAGGAUGAAGAUAGAGCUGUGUGUCCUGUCUGUGAGUUUUCUCUCCACCAGAGUCACAAGGUGGUUCCUAUAGAACAAGCAGUCAGUGAGCUGAAGGACCAGCUGAAAUGUGACUUAAAGUCUCUGCAGGACAAGAGGGACAAAUACAAACAAGUGGAGGAAACAUACAAUGAAGUGAUUGAACACUCCAAGAAGCAGCUGUUGUCCACAGAGAGGCAGAUCAGAGCAGAGUUCAACAAGCUCCAGCAGUUCCUGAAAGAGGAAGAGGAGUCCAGACUGGCAGCUCUGAGGGAGGAAGAGGAGCAGAAGAGGAAGACUCUCAGCAGAGAGAUGAAGAUGAUUGAGGAGCAGAUCUCCUCUCUGUCACACAGUAUCUGUGCUGUUGAAGAAGAGCUGCAGAAACACGAGGUGCCAUUCCUCAGCAGUUAUAAAGCCACUCAGAGCAGAGCCAGAGUCCAGUGCUCACUGUCAGAUCCACAGCUGGUCUCAGGAGCGCUGAUAGAUGUGGCCAAACACCUGGGCAACCUGUCCUUCAGAGUCUGGGAGAAGAUGAAGGACAAGGUCCACUUCAGUCCUGUCAUUCUGGACCCAAACACUGCAAACCCCUGGCUCUGUCUGUCUGAUGAUCUGACCAGUGUGAGACGUGGAGACACAAAGCAGCAGCUUCCUGACAAUCCAGAGAGACACACUGAGUAUGCCACUGUUCUGGGCUCUGAGGGCUUCAGCUCAGGGAAACACAGCUGGGAGGUGGAGGUGGGAGACCAUCCUCACUGGCUUGUGGGUUUGACUAAAGAGUCAGUUGACAGGAAGGGAGAGAACGAUAGUAUACCAGAAGAUGGAAUCUGGUGUUUAUCACAUCACAGUGGAGAAUACACUGAUGUUGUUGAUGAGACUGUCACAGUGAAGAAGAGUCUCCAGAGGAUCAGAGUCCAGCUGGACUAUGACAGGGGGGAGGUGUCCUUCUACGACCCUGAAGACAUGACUCCCAUCUGCACUCACAGAGACACUUUCACUGAGAAACUCUUCCCAUAUUUCAAUAUUGGACGGACCGGUGAUGCUAAAACUGCUGAUAUCAAAAUGUGUCACACUGAGAUUUCUCUGUCAUGUUCAGGGAGGGUGGUGAGCUCUCACUAACAUAUUUGGAUGUUUUAUAAUGGUGGUGUUUUGUUGUCAUUUACAGACAAUUCCAGUUUGUUCUUUGUGGGUGAGAAUCAUGUCAUUUCAAAGGACAUACAGAAAAUGUAGAG